AUGCGCAUCAGCAACAACACGCCGGCCGCGGCCAACCCAGCUGCUGCCUCUACGGCUCCUGCUGCUGCUGCUGCUGCUGCUGCUCCCGCUGCUGCUGCACCCGCCGCAGGAGGCUCGAGCGGUCCCACAGAUGCUGGUUCUCUUCGCAAGCAAUUGGACGAGGCCUUGGCCGCACAGAAGAAUGCCGAAACCCUGCUCGCAGCUUCCAAAGAUACCAUUCGCGAACUCGAGGCACAGGUCAAGAAGGCGGUCAACAUCCACCAAGAGGACGGCGCGAACAUUAAGCGCAAGAAAAUCAUGGACGCAUGUGUCUACGAUCCCACCGAAUCCGGCUUGCCAGUUCCCCUCACUGUCGAUGCGCUCGUCGAUGGCUUCAUGGGACUGUAUGCCGAAGCUCGUGCCCAGUCGAUUCGCAACAGCAAGCAGCAUUUGGCCGAUUUCCUCGAGCGCUACGAAUCGACAAUUUCCAUGCUCAAACUGCACCAGUUUGUCAAGGAAGAUUUUGUCAUGCUGAAGACCAUCGGUCGCGGCUCAUUUGCAGAGAUUUUCCUUGCCAAGCGAAAGUCCAACGGACGCGUUUGUGUUGUCAAGCAAAUGGCUAAAGCAGAACUGCUCACACGCUCAGAGUCGGUUUGCUUCCGCAACGAGCUCGAUUUUCUCAUCCUUGCCGCCCACUCGUCGCUACACAAUGGCCAGCGGGCUCCUGGAAUCACAGCGCUGCAGAGCGCCUUCCACGACCGCACCAACGUCUACCUUGUCAUGGACUUUUACGCUGGCGGUGACCUGCUUGGUCUGCUGGGGAAGCGCGAGCAAUUCUCAGAGGAGAUGGCCCGAUUUUACAUUGCCGAGCUUGUGCUUGCAAUUGACACGGUGCACAAGCUUGGCUAUGUGCACCGCGACAUCAAAAUUGAAAACCUGCUUUUGGAUAACAAGGGCCACGUCUACCUGGCCGAUUUCGGCUCGUGCUCCCCGCUGAACGAGGAGGACGAAGCAGAGUCCUACCUCUCUGGUGGCACCCCUGACUACCUCUCGCCCGAGCUCUUGGCCGCCAUGGAGGGAGACGAGGACGCCAUCUACGGCGCGGACUGUGAUUGGUGGUCUCUCGGCUGCGUCAUGUAUGAAAUGCUUGUCGGCGAGACGCCCUUCUACGCCGACUCGGUUCUCGAGUUGUACAAGAACAUUAAGAAUUACAAGUCCUCGCUUCACUUCCCGAACGAUGUCCCGUUGAGCGAUCACGCAAAAGACCUUAUUCGACGACUCUGCACAGGCCGCGACGAUCGUAUCGGCUCACUCGGCGUGGAUGAAAUCAUGGAGCAUCCCUUCUUUGCCGAUAUUUCAUGGACCAAGCUGCGAAAGAGCCGCACCCCAUUCGUACCGGAACUCGCUUCCAGCACUGACACUGCCUUCUUUGAAGACUUUGACCCCAUUGCGGAGGAGGGCGCCAUGACCCUGGAGCCGCUAACACGUCGCGCUUCGUCGGCCAUCGUGCCGGACACGAGUUUUGGCAAUCACUUGCCAUUUAUCGGCUAUGUCUUCCAUAAGGAGGACGAGGAACCAGUCCCCGUGCAGAAGCGAUUCAAGAAUGCUGCGUUGAUUUUGCAAGGAAACGCAGGCCUUGUUUCGCAAAUCAUGGGUUCCCCGUUGCCAGGCUCGCCUGUUUUGCGUGGACCAUCCUCGCCGUCGCUGUCCAGCAUGCCCGCUCUCAACCUGGGCAGCCCCGUGCUGCAGCGGGUGCAGUCUCUGAACAACGCCAACAAUGCUAAUGCUGCUGCGCCUCCGCCGCUGCUCCGCGCGGCGUCCGAUCCCAAGAUCAUUGAGGUUGUGAGCUCCGUCCGCACGCAGGCCUUGUCCCAGCUGGCGGCGUCGGGCAUGAACGCUUCCUCGUCGUCGCUCGUUUCCCACGCAGCACCCGAAGCCUUGACAAACAAGCCGCGCACUAUUGUCGAUCAGGUCACACCGCUCCUGCGAAGCGUGAGCGACCUGACCGCAGGCUUCUCGCAAAUCGGUGGUUCCUCGGGUCCCAACCCGCCGGCUACCGUUGCAGGGGCCGCUCAAGCCACGGCUGCCACUACGCCCGCGGCUGUGGCCGUCGCGCCAGUCUCGGCUGCCGCAUCCAGUGCACCCUCAGCUGCAGUUGCGGCUUCUGCCGCUGCGGCUACUGCCGAUAUUGCCAAGGUGUCGGAGGUGGCAUCGCCAGCUGCUGCUGCGACGGCGGUUGCUGUGACAGACUCUGCAGAGCUUGCUGCUGCAAACAGCGAAGCGGCCGAAGACGCUGCACGCGAGGCGCGCUCCAAGGUCAAGUUUGUCGACACGGCCGUUUUCUUUGAUGCCGCUCGCAACGGCGACUUUGCUCGCGUCAAGUCGUACAUCGAAGCCGGCAAGUUGUCCGUGACGUCGACGACAGAGCUGGAGCGCACCUGCUUGCACGUCGCAUGCCAGGGUGGCCAGUUGCCAAUCGUGGAAUAUUUGAUUAGCAAGGGUGCCGACAUCAACGCUGUGGACUACAACCUGGCGACGCCCUUGCAUCUUGCUGCCUUUGAGGACGCUGAGGAUGUGGUGCGAUUCCUUAUUGACCAUGGGGCGGAUCUAGAGGCCACGAACGUGGACGACGAGCGGCCUGUGGAUGUGUGCGGUGACGAUGAUUUGACAGAUUACAUCCAAUCGCGAAUGGCGGCCUGAAGACUUGUCUUUUUCUUUUCUUUUUCUUUCCCGUGUCGUUCCAUUGUGUAUUCAGCUUUUAUUGUUUUAACAAGAUUCGAUUCAUUGACAA